AUGUUGAACAACAUCCGAUACUAAUUAUAUUAUCAAAUUAAGUUUUCUACCUUUUCGAUCUUUACGCGAUGGCCACCCGAAAGCUUUUCUCAGUUUUAUUCCUCCAGUUGAUCAUGUUUGUAGUUCUUCUUCUUGUUCUUAACCCCGCUUAUGCGCAUGAAAGUCUGAAAGUAGGGUUUUAUGAAAAAUCAUGCCCAGAAGCCGAGGCCAUUGUUAAGAAGGUUAUGGUCGAAACCUUAUCAAAAGCACCUACACUUGCUGCGCCUUUGAUAAGAAUGCAUUUCCACGAUUGUUUCGUUAGGGGUUGUGAUGGGUCAGUAUUGUUGAGGUCUUCAACAAAUCAAGCAGAAAAAGAUUUUGUUUCUAAUCUAAACCUUCGGGGAUUUCAAAUUAUCGAUAGAGUCAAGUCUGCACUGGAAAAGGCAUGUCCUGGUGUGGUUUCAUGUGCUGACAUCUUGGCUUUAGUAGCUAGAGAUGCGACUGCUACGAUCAAGGGACCAUCUUGGGAAGUCGAAACUGGACGAAAAGAUGGAAGGGUUUCAAGCGAAAUAGAGGCCCAUGAGAAUCUAUUACCACCAACUGCCAACAUUACCCGAUUGAUAAGAAGUUUUCAAGAAAGGGGGCUAAGCAUAAAAGACCUUGCAGUUCUUUCAGGUGCACACACUGUUGGGACGUCUCACUGUUACUCCUUCAACGACCGUCUCUACAACUUCACGGGAAAGGGUGAUACUGACCCCAACAUGGAUCCUAAUUAUAUAAAAAGAUUGAAGAAAAAAUGCAAGCCAGGUGAUAAUACCACACUCGUGGAAAUGAACCCAGGAAACUUCAAAACAUUUGAUGAAGAUUACUAUACUCUUGUAGCUAAGAGAAGGGGUUUGUUCCAAUCAGAUGCAGCUCUCCUUGAUAAUGCCGAGACUAAAUCGUAUGUAAAACUUCAAGCUGCUACCGGUGGUUCUACUUUCUUUGAUGACUUUGGAGUUUCAAUGGUGAAAAUGGGUAGGAUUGGAGUUCUCACUGGCAAGGCUGGGGAAAUCAGGAAACAAUGCAGCAAAGUAAACAAGUAAAUUAUGUAUUAAGAGACAAGGAUCGAUACCUACGAGCAGAGAUCAUUCUUCUUCAUGGUUGUGAUUCUGUACCUAAUUUGCAGAAUAAAUUCUGGUUUGAUGUGUUUUGCAGUCUUAAAAUUGUGGGGUAGUAUCAGUCAAAAGUUUGCUUUUUAUUCAUAUAAUGAAUGCCUGGGAAGAAAAUAAUUAAUUUCUGUGCCA